CUUGAGCCCACCCCUGUCCAAUUCAGCCAAUCGUAACGCCUACCGUUAGCUCCUCGGGGCCUCUGCCAAUUUUCUUGAGCUCUGUCUGCCAUAUCGCAUCGCUUCGCAUCUCAUCGUCACGUCCUCAGCCCGACCCGACCAGCACACCCACCCCGCAAAGUCACGGUACGCAGUCGCGAAUCCGACAAUGGCGACUGCAAGCCGGACCAUGUCGCCCGGCGGCGCCCUCCUCCGGGCAUCGCGCAUGUUCUCGCUGCCGCAGGCGAUCCCAGGCCCGCCGGGCGACUACCAGGCGGCCACCAGCUACAACUCCGACACGGCGACCCAGGCCUUCCCGACCCUGCAGACCGUCACGGCCCCCGAGGCCUUCCGCCAGCGCGGCGACUGGGGCUUCAAGCGCAACCUCCCCCUGCGGUCCACCGCCAAGACCAGCACGCCCUACCUGCGCGUCAAGCAGGUCGACUCGAUGGAGCACGUCACCGACUUCGCCUCGGCCGCCGACCACACCCUGUCGCUGGAGAAGUGGCAGGAGAUGAACAUCGCCAUCAACCUGCCGCACCACAUCCCCGACACGCCCACCGCCACCAUCUCGCAGAUGGACAUGAAGCCCGAGUCCGUCUUCGAGAGCAAGUACGACUUCACCGCCCUCGACAGCGACAAGAAGACGCAGGCCGGCCAGAUGCGGUGGAAGUACGGCGGCCCCUGGCUCGCCAGCAUGACCGAGGGCGAGUUCCAGAAGUACAUCAAGAAGGUCGUGCGGCCGAGGAAGGCCGAGUUCCGCCACUUCCUGCGCGAGCAGCUCGCCGCCAGGCUGACGCGGGACAACAAGGCCCACGCGACCGAGGUGGGAGGCGAUGAGGCCAGCGCGGCCGUGAAGGAGGUGGGGGCGGCCGACAUCACCGAGGAACAGCUCACCGACUACCUGCGGGAGCUGCGCCAGGACCGCCACGGCCUCAUGGACCUCGUCGGCGGGUUCCUGGACCUCGCGCCCAUCGAGGCGCCGCAGUACGCGGACCAGCUCGGCAGCCUGGCACCACAGCAGACCAGGACGCUCGACAGGGAAAACCCGUACGCGCUCCACGGGCCCCCCAUCACACACCCCUCGGCCGGCCUGUCCUACCUGCGGACGUCGGCCUACAUAGACAACCACCCCGCCUACGGCCCGCUCAAGGUCCACCCGCCCGUCAAGGGCCGCGUCUUCGUGUCGAGCGCCGACGUCGCCAGGAUCGGCAAGAGCGGCACCCUGGGCGUCGGCGGCUUCGUCGUCGGGGGCAAGCAGGCCGACAGGGAGUCCCUCCGCAACACCAACGCCAACAGGAUCGCCUUCGACCCGUCCGCCAGGGGCGGCCAGAAGCUGUGGGCGCAGAUCUACUCGGCCCAGGUCAACUCCAAGGGCCGGGUCCUGCUGCACGCCGAGGAGGCGGACAACACCUCGAGGAUGGUGCAGGAGGAGAUGGUGGGCGAGAAACAGCUCUUCCACGGCAGGGCGGUCGAGGGCGCUAGGAAGCACAGGCUGCCCAUGCUAAGGGGCCCAAUGUCGUCGGCCAGGCUGGGGAAGGGGUCCAGAUAUGCCAAUGCGAAGUUCACGACGGGGACGCGCGAGGGGUACGGCAUGUCAAACGAAGGGCAAUAACGCGGGCAUGGACAGUUUGCUGUGGGGUUUGAGCAUUUCGAGUCCUUCCGUGCCCCCUUAAGCCUGUCUGGUUUAUUGUAGAGCUGCGGGCAUGCCUGGGAGCGGCGAAAGAAUAGAUGUGAGGGCCUGUAUAUCAAGUAGAAAUGUAAAAUUGAUCCUAAGCAAGCAGUGACCAGUGUUUGCACAAUUUGUCUUUGCAAACCCAUACAUAAUUGGCUGGAGUGCAAUCCAAAGAGCACUUGAACCGUUGCCACCCUUUACAACGGGUUUCAAUAUUAUUGCUGUUCAGAU